AAGUGCUUCGCCAUGGCCUAGCAGCGGCCCUUCUCAGCUACCUCCUUCGUCACCACCCCAGCAGCCCAAGAGAGAGAAAUGUCAUCAGUGGAAGCACACCAGGAGCAGCUGCCUCAGUCCGAUCCAUUCCCCUCACCAAGCUCAUGUAGUUCCUUCGAGCUAAUAGACAUGGAUGCUGGCAGUUUGUAUGAACCCGUUUCUCCGCAUUGGUUUUAUUGUAAGAUAAUAGAUUCUAAGGAGACAUGGAUUCCAUUCAACUCUGACGAUUCACAGCAGCUGGAAGAGGCCUAUGGCUCUGGAAAGGAUUGCAGUGGGGCAGUGGUCGCCACGGAUGGGGGCAGGUAUGAUGUUCACCUCGGGGAAAGGGUGCGGCAUGCUGUGUACUGGGAUGAGCCAGCAUCUGAAGUGAGGCGCUGUACCUGGUUCUACAAGGGAGACAAAGACAAUAAGUAUGUUCCCUACUCAGAGAGCUUCAGCCAGGUUUUAGAGGAAACUUACAUGCUUGCUGUAACUCUGGAUGAAUGGAAAAAGAAACUGGAGUCUCCCAAUAGAGAAAUUAUUAUAUUACACAAUCCAAAGCUCAUGGUGCAUUACCAGCCAAUUGCAGGGUCUGAUGAAUGGGGUUCAACACCCACUGAGCAAGGUCGGCCAAGAACAGUGAAGAGGGGGGUUGAGAACAUCUCUGUCGACAUCCAUUUCGGAGAACCUUUCCAGAUAGAUCACUUGGUCUUUGUAGUCCAUGGGAUCGGACCAGCCUGUGACCUCCGCUUCCGAAGCAUUGUGCAGUGUGUUAAUGAUUUUCGCAGUGUUUCCUUGAACUUGCUACAGACACAUUUUAAGAAAGCUCAAGAAAAUGAGCAGAUCGGAAGAGUAGAGUUUCUCCCAGUCAACUGGCACAGCCCUUUGCAUUCGACUGGCGUGGAUGUAGAUCUGCAGCGGAUAACCCUGCCCAGCAUUAACCGCCUCCGGCACUUCACCAAUGACACCAUCCUAGACGUCUUCUUCUACAACAGCCCCACCUACUGCCAGACUAUUGUGGACACAGUAGUUUCAGAGAUGAACCGAAUCUACACACUCUUUCUGCAGCGGAACCCUGAUUUCAAAGGGGGUGUAUCCAUUGCUGGUCAUAGUUUAGGUUCGCUUAUAUUGUUUGAUAUCCUAACAAAUCAGAAAGAUUCUUUGGGGGAUAUUGACAGUGAAAAGGAUUCACUAAAUAUUGUUAUGGAUCAUGGAGACACGGCUAACCUGGAGGAAGAUUUGAAGAAACUUCAGCUCUCUGAGUUCUUUAAUAUCUUUGCGAAGGAGAAAGUAGAUAAGGAAGCUCUGGCUUUAUGCACAGACAGAGAUCUUCAGGAAAUGGGAAUUCCUUUAGGACCAAGAAAGAAAAUAAUAAACUAUUUCAAGAGCAGAAGUAGUUUGCUGGGUAUUACUCGACCAGGCAUGCAGUCAGCUCCCAGGGUGAACCUCCCCAGAGAAGCUGAGCCCUGCGGCAGCACAGAUGCUACUAGAAAGGACGGGUGCCUGGAUGUCAGCAUUGGACAGGUCUCCGUAAAGUACCCUCGGCUCAUCUACAAACCUGAAAUAUUCUUUGCUUUUGGGUCUCCUAUUGGAAUGUUCCUUACUGUCCGAGGGCUAAAGAGAAUUGAUCCCAAUUACAAAUUUCCAACGUGCAAAGGUUUCUUCAAUAUUUAUCAUCCUUUUGAUCCUGUGGCCUAUAGAAUUGAACCAAUGGUGGCUCCCGGAGUGGAAUUUGAGCCCAUGCUGAUCCCACAUCAUAAAGGCAGGAAGCGGAUGCACUUAGAGCUAAGAGAGGGCUUGACCAGGAUGAGCAUGGACCUGAAGAACAACUUGCUGGGUUCGCUGCGGAUGGCCUGGAAGUCCUUCACCAGAACUCCAUACCCUGCCUUACAAGCAGAGACGGCAGAUGAGGCCGAGGCAGAGCCUGAGUCAAGUUCGGAGCAGGCUAGUGACGUUAGCACGGAAGAGCCCUGUGCAGCAGGGAAGGGGGAACUUCCGCCCAUCAACGUGGGGAUGCUGAAUAGGGGCCAGCGCAUCGACUAUGUGCUGCAGGAGAAGCCCAUUGAGAGUUUCAACGAGUAUCUAUUUGCUUUACAAAGUCAUCUGUGCUACUGGGAAUCUGAAGACACAGUGUUGCUGGUCCUCAAAGAGAUCUAUCAAACCCAGGGCGUCUUCCUUGAUCAGCCCUUACAGUAAAGAGGACCCCUCUUGGCUGCUUCAUGACUUGAACUCAGAACCCUGAGUGAUGAUCGGCUGAGAGUCAGCGUGGCAGCCGUUGUCCCUUCAGUUAACCACCCUGAGAUUGGACACUGUCUGUGUGCCAGCCUGGAACCCUCUGUGACUGCCUUCCGGCUCUGCCUGUUGCUGACCUCUUCUCUCACUCCUCCUGGUCCAACAGGGAAACUUGCUUCCUCCCCUCAGCUGCAUGUCACCUUGGAGGUCUUAGAAGAUGAUCCUUCCUCUGUGGAGUGAGCAGAAAAACCAAGGGAAGACCCUAGCGCUUCUUUUGGUGAGGGGCAGUACUGGGUAAUAAGCCCAGGGCCUUCGCAUUGAAUUACAUUCCCAGCUCUCUUUUUAAUUUUUUAAUUUUGAGGCAGAGUCUUGCUAAGUCACUAAGUAGCUCAGGCUGGGCUUGACAUGAUGCUCGUGCCUCCGUCUCCCAAAAUGCUGGGAUGACAGCCUGAUGCCACCACACCCAGCUCUUAGUUAUUCCCACUGGCUUUGUGUGAACACUUGCUGCUCUUCAUAACUGGGAGGAGUCAGUCCUUAAUUCUGUGAUGGUAGUAAUUUACCACUUGAAACAGCACACAGGCCAGCCUGGGUCUGACUUGGUGAAGGUUGGUAGAAACUUUUCUAGGAAAUUAUUGCGUAUCUUUAGAUGUUCCGGUCUGGGAUUUACAAGUCUUGAGAUUUACAAGGCAUUUGUGGUUAUUCUCAUUUCUACGGGGUCUCUGGACCUGAAAGCUAAGUCUAAAUGGAUUUGGGAAGAGUCACCGGGAGAUUUUGUUUUCUUUUGAGACAGCAUUUCUUUUCUGCAUAUACUGCAUAAAGAAAGAAAAGUGCAGCUAGUAAGAGUACCAUGUACAUUUUAUGAUGGAGAGACUAUUGCUAGACUGACGCUUAUUCCUUCACAACUGUAGCAACUCUAAGCAGUUGUGAAGGAGUAAGUCUAAACUGAACAGUUUCAUUCACAUUAUGUACAUCUUCAUAAAGCAGGAUGUUGUGUAUCACAGACCUACCCUUCUGUAGCAUGCUCCAAAUGGGGGGGGGGGGCUCUUGGUGAGGUUUCACAUUUUCUCCUCAGUACAGGGGUUGACCCCAGGGCCUUUGCACUGGGCUCUACUGCUAGCCCUGUAUGUUGUGUAUUGAUGUAGGAUCUCACUGAGUUGCCCAGCCUAGGCUGGGACUUGUGACCCUCCAUUGUUAGCCUCCCUAGUGCCGGGAUUCCAGGUGUGAACCACCGUGGCCGGCUGAGAGUGUUGGGGGUAAAGCUGUAGAGGUGAGGAAUUGGAAAUUACAGGCUGCUUGGGUUAUAAAUAAAGUCUUUAGUGGUGUCUUUAUGGUGAAAUGAUUUAAGUUAUCUGACGUUCACUAAGAUGAAUGUUACUGUUUCUCUUUAAAGCCAUUCUGUAGGCCAGAAAUGGGGCUUGUCUGUAUCCUGUGGGCUGCUGAGGCAGGAGGGUCACAAGUUGGAGCCCAGCCUCGUCUCAAAGGGCUGCAGAUGUGGCUCAAUGCAGAGGCCCUGGUUCAGUCUCCAGUAACUUGCCCACAUGCACACAGGUGAACACUGUUGCCUUCCUAGGGACUGUAACCCGGAAUGCUUACUUCAGACACUCUUGGCAGGGGCAGUGUUAGCUAAGCAUGGAGUCUGGCUGAAAUGACUCAUUGUGAGAGUAACCUAGACCUACAGAAGCCAAGGGGCAGUGCCCAGUCACUGUCAGCUUAGCUUGCAGCUCACGGAGUGAAGUUUCUCUUUCCCCCGGUGACUGCGGACUGCUUUUCCCCAGGACGUCGUCCUUUCCUUCCACUGAUCAGCACUUGGCAUCGUCUCGGCAGGGCGCUUUCUGAGAGUCCUUUAUGCUCCUUCUCAGAUUUCCACUGGGCCCAGCUUAGAGCUUGGCAGAGGCAGGCAGGCAGGCAAGGCUUUGUUUUAUGAUUUUUCUGUGGCUGUAUCAUGCUAUCCAGAGCAGUGACAUUUAAUAUUCACUGAAGUCACCUCUUAGCAGCGAUCUUUAUCCUCGAUGGAAAGGAGGAAACCCUGGAGGUCAGGGAGUACAACUGAGCCUGGCCUUCCUUACCAUGUGCUUAUGGACUAAUGCUGAAGGCAGCUACAAGAGGCCUGAGCUCUGAAUCCUUCACCAUGUAAACUCUGAUAAGGUUUACUGAAAAUGAAGUAGCACUCCUAUAUUAAA